AUGGGAAGAAAAGGCAAGAAGAAGAGUGAGGCACUACCGCCGUCGGACCCAGAGGAAAGUGGAGGUGGACCAAUCACGCUGAUGUGCACAGCAAUGGUGGGCAUAGGUGAUCCGCCGCAGCCUUUCCUCGUGGUGCGCCUGCAUCGCAGUGAAGAGUACUGGAGUAGCAACGCUGCUGGUCUUCUAGACAUGUGCUUGGCCCAGCUUCAUUCGCCCAGCUCCGAUCGACCACCGAUCGAUCGCAAGGAGAUGAACCGCACCGACGCCUGGAAAAAGGAUGGGUGCCCUUGCAUGAUGGUGCUGGAUGAAUUGAACCUGUGGCCAUCAGAGUACAUCAGUGCCAGAGGAGAAGUCACCGAUGACACGGGCGAGUGCUACGUGGCCUACGGCUGCGCAUCCAACCUGCGGCAACGCUCGCGCGCGAUGUGGCUGUCGGUGGCCAUCAGCUUGUUGAUGUCGCCGAAGAUGGCGAUGUCCAAAGAGAAGUUCUUCGGACGUUUCCCGGGACUGGAAGAAGUGGUCCGUCAGGUUCAGCAGCAAAAAAAAGUCUUCUUCCUCAACCAACAGACGGUGCAGGACGAGGAGAUUUACACUUUCCUCCGGCAGCUGUCUUCAUGGCCCUCGGGCGACCCCCGAGCCUGGAUUGCUCCGGGUGAGGGUCCGUGCGAAGUCUAA